AUGGAGUACCGGCAUCGGCUCCCCUGCUUCUUACUACUCGGUGUCUGGGCUUGCGUAGCCGUCGGAAGGGUUGUCGUUGGGCCCGGACAUCUUUCUGACGAGUUGGACUCGCGCGUCGAGAUCACGGACCGCUGCUCCCUCAACUCCAAAACCGACGUCUCCUGCUCGGAGGUGGGAGAAGACCGGCUGAUGCCCCACCCCGACGACUGCCACCUCUUCUACCAGUGCGCCCUCGACUGGGCGGUCUGCCGCGAGUGUCCCCACGGUCUCCACUUCAACCCCACCGAGCACGUGUGCGACAGGCCUGAGAACGCCCACUGCGCCCUCUCUACCGUUAGCACCACAACGCCUUCCACCACUGUUGCAAGCCCCCCUACCACAACAAGGCCCUCAACAACUAGAGACCCGCUGACCACUUUCGUGACGCUACAU